AAGGCAUUUCCAGUACCUGAUUUGGGCUUGCAGCCAAAGUGGAGUCCUGUUUCACUGACAUUUUUCAGAAUAUUUGAUGGAAAGUUCGUGAGGCGCAUUUCAUCAACGGUUGAUGGAAUCUUUAGGCCCAAUCAAAAGCGUGCAGAGUGGACUGAACUCAGGAGAACAUAUUCAAGAGAGUGAGAUGGCGCGUCAUUUCGACUUUUAGAGCUUUGACCCUGUACAAUGUCUAGAAUGCACGUUUGUACUGAUGCACAUUGAAGUUCUGGACCACAGACAAAUUGCCACUGGGGCUCUUGUGAGUCCACAUUGACCUACUCGAUUUAGGUUACAAUCGGCAACAUGUCGGAUCAAAUUGGAAAGCUUGCAUCCAUGGCUCAUGGAGUCCACUCUUAAAAAGCUUUGAAGAGUUACUCGUGAGGAGUCAUGAGUCCGCAACGUUGAAAAGCAAGCUGUCUGCAGAGAGUAGUAAGGCAUUGCCCGUCUCUUGUGUAUCGAGUAUGCCACAAGCGGUGUUGGAGGUCCAAAUUUUGAUCGACAAGAGUCAUCAAUCAAGACUGUUGCUGUGAAAUUUCACACUUCAGUGUUCGAGAAAUGAAGAUCCGCAAGCAAGACUGCGGCGUUGCGUUCGUGUUCAGCGCAACCCAUUCAUAAUUUCCAAACAAGACAGCGGAGUUUUGCUGACGAGCUAAUGGCGAUGAAUAAGAGCUUGAAAGAGAUGUUGCGUUUCGUUUCGACAGAUGAGAGUCAAGCACUGCAAGAUAUAUGUGAAUACAACGACAUCAGUGAAGAGCAGCUGAUGGAUCCCGAGAACAUCAAAACUCUUGAGAUGUUCUUGUUCAACUUCCCUCGGAUAUGUUGCAUGACGUUCUUCCCGAACCUGACAUCACUUUCUCUGGUCCAGCAAAACUUAAGGAGCAUCGAAGGCCUUCAUUGUCUUCCACACUUAGAGAUUCUGAGACUGAGUGAAAACGAAAUUCAGAGGAUCGAGGGACUAAGUAACUGUUUGAAGUUAAAAGAGAUACUUCUACACAACAACUGCAUUACGCGUAUCUCAAAUCUUAGUCACCUUACCAAUCUCAGAGUGUUGUGGUUAGCCAACAAUCUCAUAAGAUGGGUGGAUGGGCUGGAAAACUUGCAACUCAAAGAACUCAAUCUGGCAAGAAAUCCGUUGACCCAGCUUGGCAACAUACUAAAAGUGAAGUCCUUGAAGUAUCUGAACGUCUCUGCCACAGACAUUGGGUCAUUCAAGGAAAUUGGCAAUUUGACAAGGUUGAAAAAGUUAAAAGAUCUGCGAUUUUCAGAUCCACAUUGGGGUCCCAGUCCACUUUCACUACUUCACAACUAUCAGACAUAUAUACUAUUUCGUCUUCAAAAUCUUCAAAAGCUGGAUACUCUAGAGCUAACUGCAGAAGCCAAGCAGGCAGCACGGGUUACGUACACGAGGAAAAGGGUGUACUACAGCAUGUGCAUCAAGUCCUUGCAGCAGAGCAGAGCUAAUGUCAACACCUUCCCAGUUGAGUCAAAGCGUAUCAAGGGCUUACAGAAAACACUGAAACAACUUGUGAGAGCAUCCAAAGAUGUGGAGAAGAAUAUGGUUGAUGGGGCUGAUACGGAAAAGUCUGUCUCAGGAUUGACAGAAUCACCAGAAAGAGGAAAUCGGUCGUUGGUGCACUGCAGAAAUAAAGCCGCAACUUUAGAUGAGCACAAACGUAAGGUGUUGAACAGGCUUGAUUUCCUCAACAAAGAACUUCAGCUCAGCAGAGCGCGCGAACAGGCUGCCAUCGACCUCAAUAUUCACUGGCUUAUGGUUGAACUUGACUCUGGGGGAAAUAUUCGCAUGGAAAUAGGCAAUACAAAAGACGUCUGGUAUAAGAGUUGUGUGGAGCUUGUUAUGUCAAGGUUUUUUGCCGAUGACUACACACCACUUGGCAUCAGUGGAGUUCAAGUUCACAAUGUUACUCGGAUCCACAACCGCUUCCUACAAGAUCAGUUUGAAAGGCAGCAUGAAACCAAAAUGCUGAAAUCUGGAAACAAGAAUGUCGAGUAUCUGCUAUGCGGAGAGACAUUUCAAGCACCUGAUGAACUCCAGCGGAUUGUCGAAGGAGGGUUUCCACUAUCUCCAGAAAGAGUGGCCCAUGGUUGCAGUAGUCCUGUGGUACUUUCAAAUUCAGUCGGUCUUGCUGAUCGAUGUCGUUUGAAGAUAUUUGCAGAUCAACCUCACACUGAGGUUCCAAAAGGCAGAACGACAGGCUGGCUGCUAGUAGUAAAGACUUGUCUUGGGACAUCUGUAAAAGAUGUGCGAUGCAAAUACACGCAGAUACCGCGGAGGAAGGAAUUCGGGGGAAGUAACAAGGUCGAUGGUGAAGGUAGUGUUCUGAAGAAAACAUCGUACCCUCACGCGGAUUCGGUAUACAGAUCUCAUCCGACAGAUUCAAAACAACGCUCAUGGUUCGUCUUUGAUGCUGCCCUCGUGGUUCCUGAGUAUUUGGUUGAGUUUGAUUACUUCUUCAACAGUAAUACUCCUGGCGGGCAAACGCCAAGUUCGCCUGGGAUUUCAGGGGAAGGGGUUGAGUGUUUGACUGACAUGAGCAAGUUGAUGGACCUGUCAGACUCAGACCUUUCACAACAUCAAAAUUGUGAUCGUGCAUCCAUGGAAUGCACGGAUUGUCCACCGUGCGAAGCAAGAAACUUAGACGCUUCUGUGUCUGGAAGGCCUUCUACCGACUUGGCAGAUCCGGUAGUGAAGUUGUCCGUUGAGUAUAUUCUCAAAAUGAGUUGUGCCUCAAAUCUACAGUCUAUGACAAAUCUCAAUCUUCAUGGAAGUAACCUUUACAAUGUUGACGUUCUCCGGGGCUUGGGCUCUUUGAAAAUCCUCAUAUUGAGCUUCAACAACAUCUCCAAAAUGACGGGCCUUGAUGAGCUUCCACUUCUCGAGGAAUUGGAUCUGAGUUAUAACUUGGUAGCUCGAAUAGAAGGAUUGAAUGGUUUAGACACCUUAAGAAGUCUGGACCUUGGAGGAAAUCAGAUUUGGAACCCAAGUGAUUUUACAUACCUUCAUUCUCAGGUACCUACGUUAUCAACUUUUAAUCUUAGGGAUAAUCCUAUCGCAGACGACAUGGAGUAUCCGAUGAUGGUACUUAGAGCUCUUCCUUCGUUGGUUGAGCUGGACAGUAAUCCUAUUUCUUCUGAGGAGCGUGUUGAGGCAGAUAGAAAGUAUGUCUCGUCUCCAGCACUACUCUUCGCAAAACCCCGAACAGAAUGGGGCUACCUGCUACCAUUCACUUCUGCCUUAUCGGUACCAUCUGCUGAGAAAGAUCUUCAAUCUGAGAGCCGAUCUGAAGGUGGCAACGAUAAAGGCCAUGGCGAGAUUGAAAGUGAUGCUCUGGAUAAUUUGGAAGAUCGGGCAUCCCUUACCAAUGAUCUUAUCUUGAAACGGCUUGAUGAUCCAUUCAGAUUGAGUCCCUAUCGCAUGAGCCCCUGCAGAGUGUGUCCCUGCACCGUAUUCCCGCGCUCUGAUAUGGCGGAAAGGAGAGGAGAGCUCUAUGUUCAACCUGAGGCUGAUCGAGCGUGGUACGAUGAUGUUGAGGAGGUGCACCUUGAGCAUCAUAAACUCAAGACCAUGCACUGCUUUGAUAAAUUGCCAAAUUUAAGGCGUUUGUUCCUAUCUGGCAAUGAAAUCACGGUUAUCGAGGGUUUGGAUAACUGCAGUUUACUGGAAGAACUUGUUCUUGAGGACAACCUUAUCACUCAGGUACCAAAACUGAAGCAUGUCAAGGCUUUAUGGAGGCUUGAUCUGCGCCGAAAUCGUAUUUCGUGUUGUGGAGAAAUUCCCUCUUUUGAAAUGCUGGAACAGCUUUCGAUUGACAACAAUAAAAUUGAUACAUUGAAGGGAUUGGAGAAUUUGUCCUCUCUCAUGGAACUUUAUGCAUCUGAUAAUCUUCUGUCUGAAUUGAGUGAGCUGAACUACAUACGCGGUUUGCAAAAGCUUAUUGUCGUCGAUUUCUCCGGCAAUUCCCUUUGUGAUUGUCAUGAUUACCGGAUGUAUACUGUAUUUACCUUGAGGAAGCUAAAAGUUUUAGAUGGAAGGAAUGUGGAAAGCAAUGAACUAACACAGUCCCGCAACAAGUAUUCUGGACGACUUACUCGGGACAUGUUGGAGGAUUUCGUGGGUCACAGUCAAUUCUCCAAGCUUGAGGUACUUGAUCUCUCCGGGCAGAGGCUCAGAAGUUGUGGGGAAGUGUUCGAAAGUUCAGAAUUACGUGGACUCACGGAGCUCAAUCUCAACGACAACCUGCUGACAUCUGUGCAUCCUCUUAGGUUUCUGGAAAAUCUUAGGAUACUGCAUCUGGAGAACAAUAAGUUUGAGGACAGGCCUCUUUUUGAGGCACCGUCAGACGGUGUAGGAGUGAUUCUGUAUCCUGAACCCUUUUCCAUUUCCUCUGAGAUGGAUCGCCUGGGACGGACUUCCGCCUGCGCGGCAAGCACGUCUGAUGAUCAGAAUUUAAGUUUGCAAUCUCUGGAGAUCUUGAAGUUGGGAGGCAAUACCAUCACGAGCAUUGCAUCCCUAAGUUUGUACUACAAGUUUCCAAUGCUGAGGCUACUCGCCCUGCAGGAUAAUAAAAUCUCGAAGGUGGAUGGUUUGGGAGGACUCAGUUCUCUUGAGAAAUUGUAUUUGGAUCACAAUGAGAUUAGAGAGCUGGAGCCACUGGCUUUUGCACAGCUCCAAAGUCUACGAGUAUUGCGUCUGGCUAAUAAUGCCCUGAAGACAUUAGUGCAUCUCAGUGGCCUUGCAGCGUUGGAAUGCUUGGACCUCUCGUCCAACAAUAUUGCACCAAACCGACUGGGUGGCCUUGCCAGCGUCGAUAAUCUGUCUGGUCUUACGCGGCUUGUAAAGCUGUCAUUUAUUAAUAACCCGAUAAGCCGUCAAAAUUUAUACCGAAUUUCGGUUAUCAGUCGAUUGUUGCAUCUUCAUUACCUCGAUGAGAGGGAGAUCACUGAGGAAGAAAGACACGAGGCCGAAGGUUAUGCAGCUGGAACCAAGGAGUCCGCACCGUUGUUAAUGGACUCCAAUGCUUUGGCUGACAAUCACAGUAACAGCACGCCGUGUCUGGGGACGGGGGGUCAGAUCAAAGUUCCUCUCAAGGUGACUUCUCUGAAUUUCGAAAGCAUGUGCCUCCAACAAUCACCACGUGGGACUUACCAGAUAACAAAUCCAAGUAAGCAAACCAGGGUCACAGUAUACAACCAUGUGUCGCCAACACAGUCUCACUCCUCCUCGACUGUCAAGUGGGAAAUGGAUGAUCCUAAGCACCAGCUGGGGGUUUUACGUCGUUGUUUCGACAAAAGCCAACUUGUCCGUGGGAAAGGUAAAGGAGAAAAUAAGGUAAUUACCAUACCCUACUCCACGUAUGUGAAGACUCUGAGUCCCUCCAAAGAUCGUGUUCAGAAGGCAGCCGACUCCGGGAACAAUCGAGCAUUUGCAAUGCAAUAAUCAUUCUUUGUCUGAAGAGCAUGUAUGCUCCGUUGAUCCCUGCUUUCAUGCUCGUGGACAUUUAUUUCAUACAUUCAUUCUUAGGUAGUUGAGUAGGUUCUGGACUACAUCAAUCUACUAAAACCUCGCGUUGAGCUUCCAAUUUACUUUGGACAUCGUAACUACUGUAUUAUGAACGGCAUGGCGCCUCCGGGCCCAGAAUCUGUGGAUGGCGUUCAAAUUUCACGAAGACGUAUUUAUCUAGAACCGUACAAACAAUCAUCUGAAUUCAUCCUAUCGUCCAGCUGAAGUACAUCAUCUCCUCUCUUCUCCUCGGGAAGCCCGUGGUGCCAUUCAAGCAUUCAUCAUACAACGAUGUGGUCAAUGAGUUAAAUACAAGUUGUAAUCUAAAGCCUGUGCACAGAUAAGCUUUAUGAAAUUAGGAGCAUACACAACUCUUUGUGUAGAAGAACAAACGGCCCCAUAAGUCAGCUUGAGGGCAUUUUGCAACUUCCUCCUCUGGAUCUCAAAACGUCAGACAAAUUAUGCCACGUAGUUGUACUUCCUAGAAUGUCAUGACCUUGAAUUGAAUUCGCUUCCAAGAUGUGAUC